CUCCCCCUCCCCUCCGGGACCCGCCUCCCUCCAGCCGGAGUCACGUCGUCUAACCUGUUCCCGGCGCCUGCCCCGCCCCGUCCUCCGCUCCCCGAAGCCCGAGCCGAAGCCGGAGGAAGUCCCCCGGCGCCAGGAUCUGCCCCGGAUCCGCGCCCCGCUGCGGUCGGCACCAUGGACAGCGAGGCAUUCCCAAGUGCGCAGGACCUACUGGACCUGAACUUCCAGUCUCUGGCCAUGAAGCACAUGGACCUGAAGCAGAUGGAGCUGGACACGGCGGCGGCCAAGGUGGACGAACUGACCAAGCAGCUGGAGUCGCUGUGGUCAGACUCGCCGACUCCUCCUGGUUCGCAGGCCGGAGCCCCCGCUAGGCAGUCCCGGUACAGCUCCAGCCCGGUUCCCGAACACUCAGGCAGCCGCGGGUCCCUUCGGAAGGUGGCCACCGAUGGCGCAGACACCUCGUUCGGACGCUCUGAGAGCGCCCCGGCUCUGCUUCCCUACAGCCCCCUGUCCCCUAAGGGCCGGCCGUCGUCACCGCGCACCCCGCUCUACCUGCAGCCGGACGCCUACGGUAGCCUGGACCGUGCGCCAUCACCCCGGCCCCGCGCCUUCGAUGGCGCAGGAAGCCCCCUCGGCCGUGCGCCCUCCCCGCGGCCCGGAUCAGGCCCGCACCGCCAGCAGGGUCCCCCCACGCCCUUCGAUUACCUGGGCCGGGCCGGCUCUCCACGUGCCAGCCCUCUGGUUGAGGGCCCCCAGGCCUUCUUUCCGGAGCGCGUCCCCUCGCCGCGCCCCCAGACCGCAGCCUACGACGCUCCGGCUGCAUUUGGGAGCCCCCUGCUGGGCGCUGGCGGCAGCGCCUUUGCCCCGCCUCUGCGCUCUCAAGACGACCUGAUGCUGCGCCGGCGGCCUCCCAAAGCCUGGAACGAGUCUGACUUAGACGUGGCAUACGAGAAGAAGCCUUCACAGACAGCCAGCUACGAACGCCUGGACGUCUUCGCGCGGCCGGCCUCGCCAGGCCUGCAGCUGCUGCCUUGGAGAGAGAGCAGCCUGGACGGGCUGGGGGCCACGGGCAAGGACAAUCUCACCAGCGCCACUCUGCCCCGAAAUUACAAGGUCUCCCCUCUGGCCAACGACAGGCGAUCCGAUGUGGGCAGCUAUCGCCGAUCACUAGGUUCCGCGGGGCCAUCAGGCACUUUGCCCCGAAGCUGGCAGCCAGUCAGCCGCAUCCCCAUGCCUCCUUCCAGCCCCCAGCCCCGCAGUGCGCCCCGCCAGCGCCCUAUCCCCCUCAGCAUGAUAUUCAAGCUGCAGAAUGCCUUCUGGGAGCAGGGGGCCAGCAGGGCCAUGCACCCCGGCUCCCCUGUCUUCUCCCGAGCUCCCCCACCUAAGCUGCCUCCCCAGCCCCAGGCACCCCCCCAGCCCCAGCUGCACCCCCAGCCUCAACCACAGCCCCUGCCUCCUCCUCAACCCCCUGCCCAAGUCCCCCAGCCUCCGCAACAGCCUUGGCCCCCUGUGAGUGAAGGACCCCCCAAGCCCCCCACUGAGCUGGAGCCGGAGCUGGAGGGGCUGCUGACACCAGCACUGGAGGCUGGCGAUGCAGAUGAAGGCGCUGUAACUCGGCCCCUCAGCCCUACACGGCUGCAGCCUGCACUGCCACCUGAGGCUCAGUCAGUCCCCGAGCUGGAGGAGGUGGCACGGGUGCUGGCAGAGAUUCCACGACCCCUCAAACGCAGGGGCUCCAUGGAACAGAGCCCAGCUGUAGCCCUACCCCCCACCCAUAAGAAACAGUACCAACAGAUCAUCAGCCGCCUCUUCCAUCGUCACAGUGGGCCUGUGGGGCCAGGGGGGCCUGAGCCCGAACUGACCUCCAUCACUGAGGGAUCUGAGGCCAGGGCAGGGCCCCCUGCUCCUGCCCCACCAGCUCCCAUACCACCCGCGGCCCCACCCCAGAGCAGCCCACCAGAGCAGCCACAGAGCAUGGAGAUGCGCUCUGUGCUGCGGAAGGUGGGCUCCCCGCGCAAGGCUCGCCACGCGCGCCUCAACCCGCUGGUGCUACUGCUGGACGCCGCGCUGACCGGGGAGCUGGAAGUGGUGCAGCAGGCGGUGAAGGAAAUGAAUGACCCGAGCCAGCCCAACGAGGAGGGCAUCACAGCCCUGCACAACGCCAUCUGCGGUGCCAACUACCCCAUCGUGGACUUUCUCAUCGCGGCCGGCGCCAACGUCAACUCCCCCGACAGCCACGGCUGGACACCGCUGCACUGCGCCGCCUCGUGCAACGACACGGCCAUCUGCACGGCGCUGGUGCAGCACGGCGCGGCAAUCUUUGCCACCACGCUUAGCGAUGGCGCCACAGCCAUCGAGAAGUGCGACCCCUACCGCGAGGGUUACGCUGACUGCGCCACUUACCUGGCAGACGUGGAGCAGAGCAUGGGGCUGAUGCACAGCGGGGUCGUGUAUGCCCUCUGGGACUACAGCGCUGAGUUCGGAGACGAGCUGUCCUUCCGCGAGGGCGAGUCGGUCACCGUGCUGCGCAGGGACGGGCCGGAAGAGACCGACUGGUGGUGGGCCGCUCUCCAUGGCCAAGAGGGCUACGUGCCGCGUAACUACUUCGGGCUCUUCCCCAGGGUGAAGCCUCAGAGGAAUAAGGUCUAGCUGGAGAGGAGGACAUUUCCACGGGAGGCAGCAGGAAGUAGCCCUGCCUUUGCUCCAGACAUCCCCUUCCAAGAUUGUUGCAUCUCUCUGCACCCCUACCCCUGCAGGGGUGGGGUCCUUGCCACCAGCCCUCUGCUUCCCCGAGGAGGAGAAGCCCAGCCUUAAGUUUAGAAACCUGCCUUAGCCGUGGGAGGUCAUGGUGGGGCUAGAAAUCACUGGGAGCAAGAGAGACCCCCCAUUUGCCAAAUUGGAUCCCAUCCAAAGUGCCUCCCACUCCUACCGCCAACCCCCCCACCCAAAAGCAGGCCAACCCAAUAUCCCAGAGGCAUCUGGGAUGGGUCACCUCCACUGGAUUCCCCUAAGAGUUGCCUUUCCCCCAUGUCUCCCAGCAGCCUUGGGGCGCCAGGUGAGGGACAUUGGUCUCUCCCAGGAUCCCUGCCCCACCUCUCCCCCAUCAAGUGCCUUCACACAGCACUGGUUUCAUAACCAAAUGGAGAAGUUUUUCUUUAUAAAUAAAGGUAGUUUGCACAGAAAUUGA